GGCCCUCUACGCCAUCACGCAGAAAGACAGAAUAAAAUAGGAAAGCAGCGAGUGAAGAGGAAGAGGAAGAAGUUUGUGUUUUAAAGUUGGAAACCAUGGCUCUGGGUGACUGCUGGAAGCAGCUCUCCUGGUUCUACUACCAGUACCUUCUGGUGACGGCGCUGUACAUGCUGGAGCCCUGGGAGCGGACGGUGUUCAACUCUCUGCUGAUCUCCGUGGCCGGCAUGGCCGUCUACACCGGCUACGUCUUCAUGCCGCAGCACAUCAUGGCGAUCCUGCACUACUUCGAGGUCGUCCAAUGACACGAUGACUCCGCCCAUCCACCCCACAGGUCCCGUCUGUCUCCGACUUCCUGUCCGUCCAUCUAUCACUCACCCACCCGUCCGUCUGUCUGUCUGUCUGUCUGUCUGUCUGUCUCUCUCUCUGUCUGUCUGUCUCCUGGGCUGGAGGUGGGGAUCGUUUCCAACCACGUUGAGGCAGAACUUCCUCCUCCUCUUCUCUCCAAAGCUGAUUCAGUAUCAAAGGUCAAAGAACGUCGUGGCGGGCGAUGUCAUUCCCCGGGACUGUUUCUCCUCCUCUGAAAUAUUUUGGACUGUGAACAAUGUCGGGAUCGGAGGCACGGCCUCACGAGAGGGUGUGCUUGAUCCUUCGUUUCACCUGUUUUGUUUUUUUUUAUCUCCUUUAAAUCAAGCACACCUUACUGUUUUAAAAAUGUGUAAAUUAUACGGAUGUGUGGUUGUUGAGUGAUUGGAGUCUUAUUUUUAUCCCACUGGGACAUUAAACCAUGUUGUCUUAAGAGUCUAAUGAAGGAUGAAGGAAAAAACGCAGCGGCUGAUGGAUGAAAUACUUCGUCCCAUUACUGCAUUUUAUGAGAUUAUUAGAACGGGACCCAGUCCCCGAGUGAGGCCCGGUGGGCAGCAGCUGCUUUGAAGGAACAACUUGAGCCAUUUUCAACCUUCGCCAUCAUUCUGAAACACUUUUAAAGCCUCUGUGGAUUCUGUUCUCCUGGGUAGAGAUCGAGCUCUGAUGGCAUCCGAUACCACUCUAAGCAAUCAUACGGGCGCAGCAGCAUACGAUUGUUAAAUAUUAAUAUAUAUAUAGAUAAUCUCAGUUCUCUAACGCACACGUAUCGGACCGGUACUCGAUAUCGGCCGAUACCCAAAGUUCAGAACAUUCCUGGAGACUGCAAGAGACCCACCGGUGUUCUCCAAGUUUGAGCUGAAAAAGGAGGAAACUUCAGAGUCUUUAUGACCUGAUGAGGAUGUGUUUGGUCUGGAAGUUCAGUAUAAAGAUGAAACGGAGCCUGAGGAAUGAACGUGUACGUCAUUAUAGGGCUGUAACCGACUCAUCAAUCGCAUCUGGCUGUUCAAUACAAACACAUACUUUACAUUUUAAUGCCUUUUAUUUAUCACCUGUGAUAUCAGUAGUCAGAGUGACACUGACUUAAAUGUAUUUGUACUGUAAAUAUCUAGUAAAAAGUAAUACAUCAGGAAUGUUUCUGCCACUUAUAAAACUGAGUUAGUGUCAGUUAAAACCACUAAUAAAAGCUGCUUCAAGGAUCUUUUUAAAGGAAUAAAUUGAGUUUGUUACUUAAAAUGUUCGAUUGAAAUCAGUUUCAACCUUUAUAAAAACUUAAAUGUAUCAAUACGAGGUCGAUCAGUAAAUAAUACGACCGUCUGUGAGCAAGUGCUUCCUCGUGUGACCCCUGACCCCGACCCCUGGCUCCAGCUCGGCUUGUAGAGUAUCUGAUGACCGUUGGACGUCAUUCAGCAUUCCUCCUGUUACCUGUGCGCCGGUGUCUGCAGCUUCCUGUUCACCUGCAGCGUCCUGGGGUUACUCGCCGCUGUGACGGAUAACGAUGGUUGAAAAUGACCCGACUGUCCUUUUAAAGUCCCACGUUUAGUUUCAAACCGCACAGCAGUCGACAGUUUCCUCUUUGCACAGAAAUGUUUAAGAAGUUCCAUUUUUAUGUAAUCAUAUAUUUUAUGAUACUACUGCUACUGGUUUCCCUUUUAGAAAAUUGUCAUUAUUUUUUUCCCUGCCAAACGAUGUAUAUUUCUCAGUACUGUGUAUAUAAUCUUGUAUACAUAUUUGUAAAGUUUUGUAGUCGGAUCCGUCGGCGUAUAGAAACAAAUAUUUGUGUUUUUUUUGUGAGCUACUGAUGGUAAAUACUGUUCUAUAACUGAAAUCAUUAUUAAAGGGAUGUUUCAUGAAGCUAAAACAGUUUAAACCUGAUGUUACUCUGGUUCAUCUUUUUAUUUUAAUUUAAUCAGUGAGUGUAUCAGCAUUAAUCCCCUAAAUGAGGAAAUCCUACUGACAUUGUGCUAUUUAAAGGUUCAAACUGCUGUAGUUUCAUUGUGGGCUGUUCUGGUAAACAUCCAAUAAGUUAAUGUUUUGUAAUGUAUAAAUUAAUUUUCAUUUCCAAUCGAACUGACAGUGAAAACUCUCUAAUGUACGCUGGUUAAAGCGGCGUGUAGAAAUGAUUUCCCUCCCUGUAGUUGCCGUUAUUGGACACUAGAUGGGAGUGUUUCCAUGUUUCUCUCCACUCUGAAACACUCUCACAUUAAAGCUGUGUCACUGCUGUCUCAAUGAUUUAUUAAAAUAACCCAAACAGCCA